UUCUACAUUUUUCUCCAACUCUGUCUGGAACUGUCUAUUGUGAUCCCGAAGACAUAAUUUCUUGAUGUUUUGUUUUUUCUCAACAGUUCAAAAGAGCAGAGAGCACAGGCUUUCUCAACAAUGUACCCCAUUUCCUGACACACUUACCACUGGAGGUGAAUUCUCCUUUUCACCAGAAGAAAAUUUUGGUGGGGAGCUAUCCAACAAGAAAAGGACGUGUGGCUGUUAAGAUAGACAAGAAGAAGGGAGGCAAAUUUCAGCCUUUUAAGAAGUUGUUUGGCAAAAGGAAAAAGAAAGGCACUUCAUUGCCCCGGGAGGAAUCAGUGGGGAAGAAGAGUUACUCUCAGCAGAGUGUCACCAAUGGGACCUUCUCUUCGGAUGAGGAAACCCUAGAGGACAAUCUAAGGUCCUUCAACUAUACUAUGGGAACCCGGGCAUUUUCCCAUGACAGUAUUUUUAUCCCUGAUGGGGGAGCAGAAAGUGAGCAGACAGUUCAAGCAAUGUCACAGGACAACAUCCUGGGCAAAGUCAAAACUCUUCAGCAACAGUUGGGCAAGAACAUCAAAUUUGGGCAGCCACCACCCAGUGCCAUUCCCAUGAAGAAGGCACACGGUGGAGAGGCUAGCUUAGAAGAGGAUGUGUUCCUGACCAGUCCCAUGGAAAUUGUGACUCAGCAGGACAUCGUCCUCUCAGACACCGAGAACAAAUCCAGUGGCACGCCAAGUUUUGUCAGUCCUUUGAAUCUACGUGGAGCUGCAAGUGAGAUGGAAGAGAAGGUUGCUCCAGUUAAACCGUCUCGGCCAAAAAGGCAUUUCUCUUCUGCUGGCACCAUUGAAAGUGUCAACUUAGAUGCCAUCCCCCUGGCCAUUGCUCGCCUGGACAACAGUGCCGCCAAGCACAAACUGGCCAUUAAGCCAAAAAAACAAAGGGUGUCAAAGAAGCACAGGCGACUUGCACCGGACGGACAAAAUGAGCAAGGUGGCCUGGUGAACCAGCUGUCCCUGGACCAGAAUGGACACCCCGGAGAAGACAAGCAAACUUGGCGUGAGGAGGAACCAGAGCCACUGGAUCCCGAGGAAGAGAAAAGACGCCAGGAAGAAUACUGGCGAGAACUUGAGGCCAAGUACAAACGGCAAAAGGCCGAGGCAGCAGAGAGGCAACGCCUAGAAGAGCAGAGGCUGCAGGCCCUGGAGAGGAGGCUUUGGGAAGAGAACCAAAGGCAGCAGCUCCUGGAGGAGGAAGGGGAGGAGGAAGAGAGGAGGGAGCAAGAACCUUGGCUAGAGAUAGAGGCGGAGAACAGGCAGCAAGAAGAGGCCAGGCAGAGGUGGGAAGAGCUAGGUGGCCCAGACCUAGAGGGGAGGGAGCGAGAGGUAAAAGAACUCCUGGAGGCUGAAAAGCUGCAGUGCCUGAAGGAAGAGGCCAGGCGGCUAGAGGAGAAGUGCAGAAAGCAGGAGGAACUGGAGGCACAGAGACAGUGGGAAGCCGAGAGGCAGCAGCGGCAGCGAGAAGAAGAAAGGAGGCUGGAGGAGCUCAGAAGGCUGGAGGAACUGGAGGCACAGAGAAGGCAAGAGGAAGAGGAAAAACGGAUGAAGGAGCUCAGAAGGCUUGAGGAGGAGCAGAGAAGGCAGGAGGCUGAGAAGCAGCGGCUUCAGGAGGAGGAAAGGAGGCUAGAGGAGCUCAGAAGGCUGGAGGAACUAAAGGCGCAGAGAAGGCGGGAGGAAGAAGAAAAACUGAUGAUGGAGCGCAGAAGGCUGGAGGAGCUGGAAGCGCAGAGAAGGCGGGAGGAAGAGGAAAGGAGGCUGGAAUUGCUCAGACAACAGGAGGAGCUGAAAGAACAGAGAAGGCAGGAGGAAGAGGAGCAGAGACUACGGGAAGAAGAAGAAAAACAGCUGAAGGAGCUCAAAAGGCAGGAGGAACUGGAGGCACAGAGGAAACAUGAGGAGAUGGCAAAGCGGCUUCAGGAGGAGGAGGCGAGGAGACUGGAAGAGCUCAAAAAGCAGGAGGAAAUGGAGUUGCAGAGGAGGCAGGAAGCCCGAAAGAAGUACCAGGAAGCCUUGCAGAGACGAGAUGAAGAGAGAGGGCUGGAGCUAGAAGAAAAAACGGGCUUGCGGAGCCCACUUCAGAAAGAUUUUGAAGAGAAACCAGGAGAACAAAAAAACUUGAAGCCCAAAAAGCAAAGAGAAAGCUCUGAGGAGCCAAGUAUUGAUGAGACUCAAAACCCAGGGGCCAAGCUGUCAAGAGAACAGCAGGGAAAGUGGGGGUAUGUUCAUGGGGAUGGCCAUUGCUUACUUCUGGGAAAGAAAGAAGACCCUAAACCAGAACCUCCUCAGAAAAAACCAGAACCUCCUCAGAAAAAAGAGGAUCAAAGGGAAGAAAUGCUGACUCCACCAGAGAAAAAAGAACCAGUCACUCCAGAAGCAGACCGGAAGAUGGAGGAACUCAGGUGGCAGGAAGUGGAUGAGAGGCAGACCAUGCCCAGGCCCUACACAUUCCAGGUGUCCUCAGGAGGAAAGCAAAUCCUCUUCCCCAAAGUCAACCUGAGCCCAGUGACACCCGGGAAGGAUGCAGGGCUUGCAUCUGCUCCCCUUGAACCGAAGGCCCACAAAGCCAGCCCAGCCUCUCAUGCUCUGCCCUCAGCUCUGAGCAUCCCCCACACAGCCAUCCUGGUCACCGGAGCACAGCUCUGCGGCCCGGCCGUUAACCUGAACCAGAUUAAGGACACGGCAUGCAAAUCUCUCUUGGGCUUGUCCGAGGAAAAGAAGCACGUGGACCUCCCCACUGUGGAGAACGCACCCCAAGUACCCAGCGACCUCCGGACAGGCAGUGGAAAAGCCAAGCUUCCACAGGAGUCUUCAGGCAGUGUGACAGCACUAGCCGAAUGGGCUUCCAUUCGGUCCAGAAUCCUGAAGAAUGCAGAGAGCGACCAGCGUGCUGAGAGAGACCAGAGGUCGGGUGAUGAGCACACUCCCAGGGGCCGAAGUGAUUCCCGUGGAAACCUCCGGAAGGCCCUGCCAAGCAGUGCAAAGUUCUCUAUUAUGUCUGCCUGGCAGAAAUUCUCUGAUGGUGGCAUGGAGACCUCUAAGCAAAAUGCAGAAGGAGAAAGUAUUCGAAAAAGGCCCGUGCCAGGACCCAGUGAAGAGACAGAGCCCCUGCCUCCAGCUGCCAGUCCUCAUGAGCGCUGGAAGAGUCCAGAGAAACUGGGGAUGCACCAGGAACUAGCGGACACCACAGAGGGAUGCAAAUUUGCCAAAGACCUUCCAUCUUUCCUUGUUCCAAGCCUUCCUUCCCCUCCACAGAAAGUGGUGACCCACACAGAGUCUGUGAGUGUUUCAGAAAGCGAGACCACAAGUGGUGAUGGGAAGCCAGACCACAUGAUGUUGGGUGGGGAGGAAAAACCCUCACCUUUUGGAAUAAAAUUGAGGAGGACCAACUACUCCUUGCGCUUCCACUCUGACCACCAGACAGAACAAAAGAAGAAGAAAAGGCACAGCAGCACAGGGGACGGUGCUGAUGGGGAUCCACCUGUCCUGGCGAGCAGUAGUGUCGAGAAAGAGACAGAGAGUGUGGCCCUCAAGCAUGGCCUGCCUCUCACCCAAGAGAAGAAGCAGGCCCUGACCACCCGGAAGGACUCCGUGGAAAGCCCUUCCAGCCACUCACCUCCUGUGGGUCAGCCUGGGCCCCCGCCACCCAAAAGCCAGACCCUGGCUGCUGAUCACGACAAGGUAGCAAAUAAAAUGCCAUUGGCACAGAAACCAGCACUGGCUCCCAAGCCCACCAGCCAGACCCCACCAUCAUCCCCACUCACCAAACUAAGCAGGCCCUACUUGGUAGAGCUGCUGGCCCGCCGAGCAGCCAAGCCCGAUCCGGAGCCCAACGAGAGGGCCAAGGAGAUCAGUGACACCUGGCCACCCUUGCCACCAUCCCCCGAGGAAAGGAAUGGACAGAAGAGGGAUGAGGCGGAAGAGGUGCUGGAGAGGAAACCUUCUUCCCCUGCUCUGCCUGCUGCUUGCCACGAGAAGCCUUCCCUAACACCUGAGGCUGGGAGAAGAGAAAAGCCGGUGCUUCAGAGCAGACACUCUUUAGAUGGCUCCAAACUCGUGGAGAAAGUUGAAACCGCGCAGCCACUGUGGAUUACAUUAGCACUGCAAAAGCAGAAGGGGUAUCGGGAGCAGCAAGCAACUCGAGAGGAGAGGAGGCAAGCCAGAGAAGCCAAACAGACAGGAAAACCCUCCAAAGAAAACGUCAGUGUUAGCCCGCAGCCUGAAAGUAGCAGUGUCAGCAGAGCUGGCACUCUGCCCAAGUCUACUGCUCAGCCAGCAGAAGAGAGGAAGCCCGAGACGGCAGUGGUGAGGCUCGAGCACAGAGAACAGCUGAAAAAGGCCAGCACUCUUCCUACAUCUGUGACAGUGGAGAUCUCGGAUUCAGCUCCCCCCACGCCUGUGGUGAAAGAAGUCACGAAAAGGUUCUCCACGCCGGACGCUGCCCCUGUGUCAACAGAACCAGCCUGGCUGGCUUUGGCCAAAAGGAAAGCCAAGGCCUGGAGCGACUGCCCACAGAUUAUUAAGUAAAGAAGGACUCUUAUCCCCAUUCCUGUUGCCUGUUUUUGGCUUCUUUCUUGCCCUUUUCAUUUAUUUAUUUUUUAUAUAAGGUUUAAAAAAAAAAAACCAAGCUAGGAAAAAGAAGCAUGUCUCAUAGGCUCCAAAAUAAUGUUUAGAAACUGAACCGGUGGUGUUCAUUGUAAAGAGUGUAUUUGCACAACCCUAGGUCUUAGUGCCUCGAGCUCCUCUUACUUCUAAAGAGAAAAUUCCAUCCAAGGGACACAAAACAAAAUCUCCAAACUAAGCACUCCUGACAAGAGCCUGCUGUGCCCAUUCCACGGUCCUUCCGCUCCCACACCCAAGUCGGAACACAUGCUUUUGCCAAUCUUUGUAAUGGGGUUUUGAUUCUCUGCUCCGAUUUUUUAAUUUUAAUCCACAGUGUUUACCUUCCAUCUGUUUGGUGGUUUCUACCCUUUUCUACAGUAAUGGGAUCACAUAUAGAUGGAAACAAGAAUGCCCAUUGUUCCAAAUACAGUGAGUAUGGGGAAUGGUGAGAAAGAGUCUGGCUCCCAGCUCUGCACCCAUGUGUGGUUUUCUUAAAUCUUCCACAUCCCAAAGCUAUACAUGAAAGGCAAAUCCAUUCACACUUCUACAAUGCUGUUGAUCCAGUUAUUCCAAUUCCCUCCUUAAGGACAUCUUAAGUACUUGGCCCAACUGGCUCCUAGGGAAUAUUUUUAUUUUAAUAUCUCGAAGAAAGGAAAUUCGCUAUCAGCUGUAAAUUCUCUUUCCGUCUCUGACAAUACCUAUCUAGUGCAGUGGUUCUUCAGGUGACCAGGUUUCACCCCAGGCCUGCUGAAUCAGAUCCUGUGGUGACCGGGCCAGGAACGUAUAUUCUGGCAAAAACUCUUCAGGUGAAGUCCGCCCUCUCUCAGAGGUUGAGAAUUACUGAUUCUAAGGUUUUCUAGUUUUUCCAUUUCUGCAGGGGAGGCUCUUUUCAGCCAAAGAAGCAAAUGUGAGACGUGGAAGAUAAUAAAACAACCCCAAACCUGCCAUUUAUGACAAGAUAAGAGGGGCUAUUGACAUUACUUGUCUCUGAAAAUGCCCAUAAGUCUUCAGGGAGUGUUAACAGGAAGCCAAGAUUGGAGCCUUUGUACAAAGGACUUCCUGCAGGAAGCUUUUGCUUUAUCGUAAUUGAGUUUUUCGUAUUUAGAGCCAGAUGUUCAGUAGCAUGUGUAAUUUAGAGCACUCACCUUGCUCCUUUUAAUAAAUAUCUCAGAGUUUUAAGUGGCCUUGUUACUCUGCAUACAAAAAAGGGACUUGGCAGCUUAAAAGUCACAUAUAUUCACUUUUUAUCUCCCUAAAUUGACUUUACAUGACACAUAGACAUACCAGCAAACCCACAUUUUUGCUGGUGCUUUCCAUUUCACGAUGUUGGCAUAUUCCUCUUUUCUUAGAUUCUGACUCCAAAAUAUGUGUGCAAGUCCUUUGCUGGCAGCAGGGGGAAUUCCAUUCUCCCUUCCUCUCCUACCAAAACAACUUUUUUUAUUAUCCAUUCAAUACUUUCCUUUGUGCCUACUCAAUAUGCAAUGUAUAGUUAUUCUGUCAUAUACCCUGAAGGAAGGAUGACAGCAAAGUUAGUAUUUACCAUAUAGAAAACAUUUUCUUUCUGGGAACAAUAGCUCAGCCUUGCUGUAGCAGCUGGCAAAUGUGGUCAAGCUGGUACUAUACUCUUGCAAGUUGGACUUAAUAUUAUAUAUACUGGACCUUCAGACUGUUAAGAGUCAAUGUAACUUUAACUUUUGUUUAUUGCUAUGGGAAAAAAUUAGUAUUCCACUGCACGCUUUCCACACGAAUGCUCAUUUCUAAAUCUUGUAUGUAGGCAUUUGUUAGUUUCAGUGGUUUCCUGGCUAACAUAAUACUUUUUAAUGGGACUCCUUCCAUCUAGAGCCAUGAAAUUAUAGUACUACAGCAAUUCUUCUGAACUGACUUUUUCUUUCAUCCUAUAAGCUUGGGGUAAUAUCACAGUAAUGGCAGAAAGGGGUAAGGGACUCAAAUCAUUAAUAAAGAAUGACAACAGUCAACUCCGUGCCUGCAUACAAAGUAGGAGAAAUACCUCAGUUAAAAGUUUUACAUCAGAGUCUUUAAAAGAUGAGCAUACUGAGGAAAGGACAGUCGCAGUAGUUUCAACAAUUUAUAAAGGGUACCCAUCUAACAUUUCUUGUAAAAAUCACUCCAAAUUUGCACUAAAUACCAAUGAAGUGUUAUUUUGCUUUAGUUCUGUUGCAGUCUUCCCUGCUCAACAACCUGGGGAAAUUCUGUAAAAACAUAUAUAAAAAUUCAUGACAGUUUUUUUUUUUUUUAAUGAAUGAUUGCUAUAUUAAACACAAGCUUAACUCUUUUUUUUAAAAUUUAAACAUACAUACACUUCUCCCAGCAAGGUUAUAGAUGAUUAACCUCUGUUCAUAGACUUAUAUAUAAAACUAGAGGGUUUUUUGUUUACUUUUUUAAUUUUUCAAGUGCAAUUGUUUCUUACACAAACAUUAAUUACUAUUAAAUUAUAAUUUUAGCCAGUUAUCAGCAAACGUAUAGUACGUCUUGUCUCUUCCUGUGACGUUUAGUUUGCUUAUUUUAAAGCAGAAACAUUAGCGUUACAAGUGUCUUGCAAUAUUUUUUACCAACAAUAAAAUUAAGUAGAGACUAAAAAUGAAAAUAGUGUGAUUUUAAUAUUAUUUUGAGAUUUUGGUUGUAUAAAGUUUUAAUGUAAAAUGUCCAUUAUUGAAGGGAAAAUGUCUUUCAAUAAAAAAUACCCACAAGAUCUUCAGCACUGGUGGAGUUUCCUUUUCAUGUUAAACUUUCUACUAAUUUCAAUGACUCUCUACUAGAAGUCUCAUUAUAUUUAUGUAGCUUUUGUUGAAUGAGGAAAAUUGCCAGACAUUUACAUGGUACUCUGUUAUAUUUUUCACUGGGUUGUUUGUUUCUUUUUUGGAGAAAAGCAACCAUCUAGGACAAAUAAAAUUUUUACCUUGGUCCUAAAUUAGAAUUGGGAGUCCCUGAGUGGCACAAGUGGUUAAGUGCUUGACUAUGACAGAAAGAUUGGUGGCUCAAACCCACCCAUAGG